AUGGCGGACGACACGUAUUUGGUCUGUUCGGUGCCGCCGGAGAACGUCAGAUUCCUCGCCAGCCCCGAUGAGUUCUACCGUACGCUCUGCAAGGGCUACGAGUCGGCGCAGAAACGUGUCGUCCUUGCAUGUUUGUACGUCGGAUGCGGGGAGUUGGAGGAGCAGCUCAUCCGCUCCAUAGUGACGGCCAAGCAGCGCAACGACGACCUCACUGUGGAUGUCCUGGUCGACAAAACUCGCACAUCUCGUGUCGGAAGCUCGGGAAAGAUCGUCAGCCCGUUGACCCAGCUGCAACCGUAUUUGGCGCCGGGCCACCAAACGAAGGUAUCACUGCUACACAACCCGUUGCUGGGUCGGCUCUGCAGCAAGGUCAUCAAGUCCCCGUAUUGCGAGGCGUUUGGGACCAUGCACAUUAAGGUGUUCAUUGCCGACGACCAGUGCAUUAUCACGGGGGCGAAUGCUGGGCGCGACUACUUCUGCGACCGGUACGACCGGUACAUGGUUGUCCGCGACCCGCUGUUCGCCGACCUCAUGCACACCAUCGUACGGACGUUCCAGACGGCGAGCUUCGAACUCACUGAGAACCUCACCGUCGAGUGGCACUCGGACUUCGUCAACCCGCUGGAGGACAACCUGCUGUACCGGAAGCAGCUGUACAUCCGCACAGCCCACAUGGUGAACAAGUGCCGGGAGAUAUUGGAGAAGAACCGGUUCCACGGGCACGUGGAUGCCAACGGUGACGUGCAACCACAUCCGGCGGAUUGUUACACGUCGAAUCGUUCCUAUCGUGACUGCAGCCCACUUUCAGCAAAUAGCAGUUACCCAGAGGGGUGCUGUGAUGACGAGGUGGACUUGGGGAUAUCGGACCAAGAAUCGCAGGAUGAUCCCAACUCGCCACACGCGACUUGGCGGAAGCGGACCAGCAGCGAGAGAUCCUCUCUGGAGGGCAGACCAGAUCUGGCGGCUCAACAGCGACGCGUCACUGGCCUUCGUGGAGAAGAUGACCAGGCACAAAAAUCGCAAAACACGGAUUCAAGCCCUGACCAGGCUGUCAGGACGAAAAUUCCGAAGACAGGUGGCGCUGUAGAUGCAAAAACCAAUACAGGUUCGGAUUACAUCUCCGUCGGGAGGACCAACAAGGAGUCGCCGCAUUCACGCGGUGAACGUGGCCGGUGCGGUCUAUCGUACAUUCUGCCCGACGGUGCCACCACGGAUGGUAGUGCAGAAGAGCUUGAAACAGAGCAAAAUGGUGAAAAGGAGGGUGAAUACUACUGCCACAUCAAGAUUUGCGUGCAACUUCCGUUCACGGACCCUCCGUUCAUGCAGGGUGCGACCAUGCUGGAGAACUGGCUGCUGCAAUACACGAGAGCGGGUUACUCGGCGCUCAUCGCCACGGCCUACAUGAACUUCACGGAGCGCUACAUGGAGAUGUUCAAAGAGAUUUUGGAGAUCGGCAAGACCAGAGGAAAACGCCACCCGUUGCAAGUGGUGACUUCCAGCCCCUACGCCAACUCGUUCUACCGCGACGGGUCACUCAAGAGAAACAUAGCCCUGUUCUACAGCACGGCCGCUACGUGGCUUUUCAAGGCCCUUCGUGACGAGGAAGGCUACCCCGAAGAUAUUUACAUGGAGUACAACAGACCCAACCACACGUUCCACGCCAAGGGGAUAUGGGUGCUCAAGGACCGCAUUCCAGUGGACGUGGCGCACAGAUCGGAGGAAGAGUUCGACGCCGCCGUUGAGCCGCCGUGCGCUACGGUGAUCGGGAGCUCUAACUACGGCAGGCGGUCCUAUGGCAAGGAUCUCGAGAUCACCUUCCUGGUCGAGACCAACUCGCCCCAAAUCAGGCGGUUCAUGAGGCGCGAGCUCUACCAGAUGAUAAAGUACUCCGAGUACGUCAACAUGGAUGUGGUGGCUUCGCGCAUCGGGCCUCACCAGCACCUGAUCGGCCACAUUAUGAAGUCUUUCCUCUAA